AUCUCUCUCUUCUCUCUUCUCUCUUCUCUCUACACACAAAAGUAGAAAGACGAAGAAGAAGAAAGAAAGAACGGGUUUGUAGUUGGUGGUUGCGUUUCUUUCUCGUUUUUAAAAAACAAUUCAUCUUUUCUUUUUCAGUUACCUUCUUCUCUUUAAUAAUCUCUCUCUAUCUACGCACGCACGAACAGAAUCUCAAGCUCUUCUCCUUCUCCUAUUUGUUUUCCCCCGAUUGAAUCUGAUUCUGAGAUCUUUUUGAUUGAUCUGUAUCCUUACGAAGAAGAAACAGAGAAAGGAAGGGUUUUCAUGAUUCUCGUGUUUUGAGUCUCUUUCCCAAGCACUGUUUUUUUUUUAAUAUUGAUUCUCAUGUAUAAAUAAAACAUACACUUCUCUCUUUGUUUUCCCCUCUUCUUCUUCUUCUUCUUCCUGUGUGUGUGUGUGUGGUGGCAAUAGAAACAAUCUACGUAGAUCUGUUCCUUUUUCUCUCCAUGGAAACUUUUGGGUUUAAAUUAGUUUACAAUUAAAAUAUUUUGAAAGACUCAAAAGGGUCAGACCCAGAAGUCUCACCUUUGCCUUUUUCUUGGUCAGCUUUGAAAGGCUUGAUUUUUUUUUCUUUUUAAUUCUGUUUUAUCUGUUCAUUCAAUUUUGGCGAUUUGGGUUUAAGAAUCACUAGGGUCUAUGUAUGUCCUGGCACUUGUGAUCAUUCGUCAGUCUUCUUGCAGAAAGUAACUGGAACUAAAACUGAGAGAUCUCUUUGCAUAGUUUGAAUCAUCAUCAUUGCUCUUUGCGGGGAGAACCGUGAUCUAAAGCUUCAAUCUUUCUCACUGGAGGACCGUAGGGGUGAUUGUACCAUUGUUGGUCUGGAUUGCCUUCUUAAUAUAAUCAGGGCCCUUAGAAUGGGGUCCUGUUUAUCUGCAGAGAGCAGGAGCCCUGGACCGGGUUCUCCUUGCUCUCCUGGGUUUAGUGUGAGGAAAAGGAAGAACUCCAAGAAGCGACCUGGUUCUAGGAACUCUUCCUUUGAUUACAGGAGAGAAGAACCCUUGCAUCAAGUUCCAGGACGAAUGUUCUUGAAUGGAUCAAGUGAGGUUGCUUGUAUCUUCACUCAACAAGGCAAGAAAGGGCCUAACCAAGAUGCCAUGGUUGUUUGGGAGAAUUUUGGUUCGAGGACAGAUACAAUCUUCUGUGGAGUGUUUGAUGGACAUGGCCCAUAUGGUCAUAUGGUUGCAAAGAGAGUCAGAGACAAUCUCCCUCUCAAAUUAAGUGCCUAUUGGGAAGCAAAAGUACCAGUUGAAGGUGUUCAAAAGGCCAUCACUACCGACACCGUUAAUAAUGCAACCAACAUUAACAAUCCUGAAGAUGCUGCUGCUGCUGCUGCUGCUUUUGUAUCUGCUGAAGAAGAACCUAGGACAUCUGCUGACAUGGAGAAGGAGGAGAACAAGGACUCCCAUCCGGAAUUGUUUCAAACUCUGAAAGAGUCGUUUCUUAAGGCUUUUAAAGUUAUGGAUAGAGAACUGAAAUUCCAUGGAAGUGUUGACUGUUUCUGCAGUGGGACAACAGCUGUAACUUUGAUCAAGCAGGGUCAGUAUCUCGUUGUUGGAAAUAUUGGAGACUCUAGAGCCGUAAUGGGUACAAGAGACAGUGACAAUGCUCUUGUUGCUGUUCAACUAACUGUGGAUCUUAAGCCAAAUCUCCCAGCUGAGGCAGAGAGAAUAAGAAAAUGUCGUGGACGUGUGUUUGCUCUUAGAGAUGAACCUGAAGUUUGUAGAGUUUGGCUGCCAAACUGUGACUCUCCUGGCCUUGCAAUGGCACGUGCUUUUGGAGACUUUUGCCUUAAAGAUUUUGGCCUAAUCUCUGUGCCUGAUGUAUCUUUCCGUCGAUUAACUGACAAAGAUGAGUUUAUAGUGCUGGCUACAGAUGGGAUUUGGGAUGUUCUCACAAAUGAAGAUGUAGUGGCGAUUGUAGCUUCAGCUCCAUCGCGCUCCGCUGCAGCAAGAGCUUUAGUCGAGUCUGCGGUUAGAGCUUGGAGAUACAAAUACCCGACUUCCAAAGUCGAUGACUGUGCCGCUGUUUGCUUGUAUCUAGACGCCAACAACACAAACACCAUAUCUACAUCGUCUUCCAUCUCCAAACUGGAAGAUGAAGAAGAAGACGAAGAACUAAAUGCCACAAUUGAGAAUGAUGAUGCAUCAGGACCAAGUGGUCUAGGCCGUUCGGGUACUGUCAGGACAGGGAAAGAGAUUGCUCUUGACGAAAGUGAAGCUGAAAAGCUGAUAAAAGAAGAGGAUAACUUGGAUACAGAACCUGGAACAGAGUACUCUGCACUAGAAGGUGUUGCAAGAGUUAAUACUCUUUUAAACUUACCAAGAUUUGUGCCUGGAAAGUGAAAAGAGAAGGAAGAGCUGAAGUGAAGAAGUUGAGAGGUGAUAUAUCAUAUGAAAUAAAUCACCCAAGAGAAGGUACUGUGUCUUUUUGUUCUUUUCUUUUUUUUUUCCUUUUCAACUUUCUACAUUGAUCUCUAUUCUUUCUUUUUGAGUCAUAAUUCAUUGGUUUUGGAACAUAAAUUUUUGUCAAUUUUGUCUUUGUUUUUGUCUUUCGAUGUUUAUGCUGUUUUUUGGUCUUUGUCAGUAAAGAAGAGUGAAAAACAUCACAUGUAAUAAUGGCUUUGUGUCUGUGAUUCUGUGAAACAAACCCCUCAGGCUUAAUUUUGUCAGUCUGUUGGGAAUUUUCCUGUU